AUGGCGGAAGCAUCGAGGGACCUUGCACAGGGCACCAUCGAGGUGAUGGUGUCCGAAAGUGUGUGUGCCAAAGAGCGAAUGGAAGCAAGAGAGGUAGAGGAGGCAUACCAAAAGUUUGAAGAAAGCGAAGAACACAUCAAGGAACUUUUGCAAAGAGGUGCAAUUUCUUUGGAUGAAGCACGCCGAUUGCGGACCAGAGGCAAAAUGCACGAACAAGAGGACCAGGAUGAGAAACCCAAGAUUUCCAGCGCUGUUCUAGCAGGGGCAGACCACAAGACCAAUGAGCAAAUCAUUGAAGAGGCACUGAAAACGAAGAAGCAAGCAUGGCUAAUUGAGGCUUGCCGCAAAGCAUUGAGGUUGGACAAGCUGCAGAACAGAAUCCAAAUUGAAAAGCACAAGCGGAGCCUGCCGGAGUAUCAGCACAAGUAUCCAUUCAUUCAUUCCAUGGUGAAGAAUGGCAUGACCUUCGAGCUGCUGACCUUUUUUCUAGUUGCGUGCAAUGGUGUCCUUACUGGCGUGCAAAUCUCGGUCAAAGAACCUGGCAGAGACUUACCCGUCAUAUACAGUGCGCUGGAGGAGUUUUUCAAUGUGGUCUUUAUUGUGGAAAUCCUCUUGCGCGUCAUGGCAGAUGGAUGGACUUGGUUUUUUGCCACUGGUAAUGCGGUUGAUGUUAUUCUCAUUAUCGUCACAGGUAUCAUUCCAACCUACAUCCUGCAGGGGAUUUUCAAUGUGGACAGUGGCGAACUACGAAUCGGCCAGGCCUUGCGAUGCGUUCGAUUGAUUCGCAUCUUGAAAAGUGUUCGUACCAUCAGUGCCUUCAGAAUUUUAUGGUCGCUGGUCAGUGGCAUCGUGGAUAGUGGGCGGAUUCUUCUGUGGACGCUCACCAUCAUCCUCGUAGUUUUGUACAUGUUCUCAAUCUUUUUUGUUCAGCUGCUGGUAAAGUCCGGGCUGAACCUCACCCCAGACCAGACAGAUAUGGUGGACGGCUUCAUGAAAACGGUCCCAGAGGCCAUGUUCACGCUCUUCCAGUGCCUGACUUUGGAUAGCUGGACCUGGUUCAGCCGAGAGCUGCAGAAGGAUCAGCCUUUUGUUGGAGUACUGUGGCUCCUCUACGUGGCGGUCGCGUGCAUGGUCUUGAACAACUUGGUCAUUGCUGUAAUUGUCAACAAUGCAAUUGCUCGAGCAGAGGAGGACGAGGAGCUUCAAGCUUCGAUUGCUCGGGAGACCACUGAAGGUGAGCUGAAUGACCUCAGGCAACUCUUUGAUGAACUCGUCCCAGAGGCAGAUAGGGACUACAUGACCCAGGAGGAGUACGAGGAUGCAGUUGAGAAACAGAACGAGACUUUGUGGACGAAGCUGAAACUUAACAACCUCGAAGAAGAUGAGAUCAUGAACCUGUGGACGUAUAUGGAUUGGGAAGAACACAUUGACCGAGAAGAAUUCGCACAGCAGAUUCGAAACUUGAAAGGCCCUCAAGAAGGAAACCACGCAGGCACAGCUGCUGGGAGCUUGGGGCUCGUCCAAGAAUCUGAUUUGAGCAGAUACCUGGUGGACAAAUUCCAGCAACAGCAAGUACUCAACGAAGAAUUGAAGGCUUCCAAGGAGAGGAGUUGCCAGUUGUUGGAUUUUGCUUUGAGCGUUGCAGGUGGCGAAGAAGGUUCAGCUGGUGAAGAUGAGAGAGCAGGAAGGGUUCUCUUUACCAGGUUCAUGACGGACGCCAAGGACCGGCGUGCCAGUCGCGCAUGGCGCUUGUCACCUGCAGGUGCGGCGGCUGCUGAUGCGGACCAGCACCGGGAGCAUCGAGCAUGCCGUGCAAAGAACUGGGUACCGGCACCGGAUGCCACGGAAAACAGCGAUCCAGAGGCCUUCUUCAACCUCUUCUGCAGUACAUGCCACUACUUCCUGUCCGAGAAGGGCUUGAUGAUGCAAAUGUUGGCUAACCCAUCUAGCAUUUGCUUCUCCACAGACCAGCGCCCUCAGGGAGUUGAGCUGCAGGAUGAGGCUGCCAAAAUGCCGGGCAUGUGUGACUGCAAAGUUCAAGAUUUCGCAUGUGGCUGUGGAGCCCGUCUAGGCUAUCAUUUGACCUCGCCGUGUGAGGUGUGCGACGAGGAGGGAACCAAGCAGCGGUGGUUCUUGUGUCCCCGCUGCAUCGAAGCAGAACCCGGAAGCGAAUGUCCCAGAACGCCACGAUGGGCAGAGGUCCCACAGGAGACUCAGGCACAGAGGCCCCAUGGCUUACCUCAGUUUGGCCAAUCUCGUGAUGAGAAGAUUGCGAAGCCGACGCCAUUGAGCGAUGUGAAUGGCAGGGAGACUGGGUCCAAGGGGGCCAAGAAUGAGCCGAAGGGCAAAGAUGAUGCCAUUCUCCAAGUCGCACGGCCAACCUUGGACACCAAAAGCAUUGAUCCCAAGUGCAGCAUGGAGACGACUAAGAGGCUUGCAGAGUUGGAGAGACGAGAGCAAGCAGUGUCAGCAAAAGAGGAGCAGCUCAACUUGCGUGAGCUGCAAUUGCUGCGGCUGGAAGCUAAGGUCAAUGUGAGCACAAGUCAGACGAGUCAGGAAAGGGUGCCAUGGAAAGCAGACAGGGACUUUGGGACCCAUUUGCCAGAGAAGUCGGAAAAGGAUGUGGCGACUUCAAGCGAAGUCAUCCGGGUUCAAGGCAUGCAGGGCGUUCCAACUGCGGCGAAGCCCGAUUUGGCAGACAGAGGCGUUUCUCCAAGGGAGCUUUCUGCGCCUACCACCCAAGUUUCCGCAGAGACGUUGUCUGCGGAUUUUGAACGAUUGCAGCAAGCUCGAAUCGAUGCGUGGGAAGCUCAACAGCGGGUAGCCAAAGCCACUGAGCAUGUGGCACUGGCAGAGGCACAUACGCAGGAUGCAGCACACCCACAGGGAAGACUGGAGUAUUCACAGCGGCUGGCAGAGAAGAGAAAGGAGCUUGAGCGAUGGCAGAAGGCACUUGAAGAGAGGAGCAAAGCCCUUGAAGAGCUGGAAAAGAGCCUUUCGGACGCGGGCGGCAAGCUCUUUGCAAAGGCAAGCCAUCACAGUGGGUCUGGCCCAUUCCUUGCCAACUUGCAGGCAGAUGCCGUCCAUGCAGCCUCUGCAGCAGCCAAAGCAAUGGUUGGAGCUGGCUUCACAGCCUCCAAGAUUGUGGUAGCCGUAGCCAAACCCAUGUUUGGAGCUGUGAAAAUCGCAGGCUCCGCUGCCUUUCAGUUUGGUGUGAGCACAUAUGCAGCAGCAGUGGCACGUGCCAAUGAAGAGGCCCAGGAACGUGCGAUUGCACAGGCUACAGCACUGAGGCGCUCCAAGUACUAUGCCUCUGCAAGCCCUGGCCUCACAAGCCACACAGGUCACGGCCACACAAGCCACGGCCACGCAAGCUACGGGCACAUGGACUUCCGCGAUGGCAGUGGUGUCCCACCUCCACGACGGACAUGGGAGAGCAGAUCACCACAGCCUUGGGGCCGAGGAGCAUGGUCACCAGGUUGGCAGCCCUCGCCGAUUUAUCCCGCUUCUCCGGCUCCAUCUCACUUGCCGCCCGUCAUGGAACGGGAAGGCCUCUUGGGCUGGAUCCGGCGAAACAGCGGCUGCGGGACCCGAAAUCACAUGGCCUAUCCCGUACCGUAUCCGGCUUGCGGGUGA